UAUCUCCCACAGACUGCACUUUGCCUCUGAGAGGGACGAGUCCACACGUUUCCUCUCCUAUAAAAACCGGCCCGGGCCAGAGCUGCCUUUUACUCCGUUCUCUUCACCACACUCACCUCCAGAGAGGAAUAAAAUUUGCGCAACAUCAUGAAUAAGCUGCUGGUCCUCGCUGUGCUCGUUGCUCUCCUCGCUCUCGGCGCCGAAAGCUUCCGCGUGCCGAGGCAGGUCGACGAGGAGCAGGGGGCCCUGAGCAAGAUGGCCGACACCGUCAAGUCCUACUACGACAGCGCCGUCAGCACCGCUGGCGACUACGUGGAGAGCAUCAAGAACCUGCGGCUGGACGAAAAGGCCAAGAAGCUUUACACCGACACCGCCACAGUCGUGAGCACCUACACCGGCAUAGCACAGGACCAGAUCUACCACAUCCUCUACCCGCAGCAGUGAGGACACGCGCUCGCUGAAAGCUCCACACGAUGCCGCUUUUUGGGCCACUGCACCAUUAAAAGAAUAAUGAUAAUCACCCAGAGGACUGUCAGCCUGUUGAAAAAGCAGCGGAGGGAAUUGGACGGAACAGUUUGAGAGCAGAAAGGAGCCCAGAACUCAGCAGCCCUUAGAAUGACGUGCUAAUUUAAUUCUCUAGCGCCCUCUGCUGGUGCAGCCUCACUUUACUCUACAGGUCACCCCACCACUGCACGCGUUUAUGUGUCUUUGUUAUAACUUGAAAUAAAUAUUUAUACAAAGGA